UUGUGAACACAAUCCAGGUGUACUGUGAUUAUGAAGUUGUGAUGAGGUAUUAUUAUAUUAGUCGUGCUGAUGCAUGAUGGGUUGUAGGCUAGAGCUUGAGUACUGUAGUCUGAAGGCUGUUUCUGAAUUCACUGACCUGGUGAGUAAAUGUUGUGUACAAUGGCACCAUCUAGUGACAGAAACAUAGAAACACACAUUGUUGCUGAACGAAGGCAUCUCUUUAUUUUCCAGAAACAAAACUUGUGAAACUUUCCUGAGAUGGACACCUCUUCUUCUUCUGGACGAUCUCCGUCUCCUACUGGGACUGUCUUCUUACCCCCUCCUAUCAUGUGGAACAGUCUCUACAAGCAGGCAGAGAUGGAGGUUCAGUUCCUGAGGGAAGAGAAGAAGACCUGUACAGAGAAGGAAGCCCACAUGCUUGAGUUGAGGGGGAAGGAUCGAACGAUCCGAAAUCAGAAGAAGGAGAUGGACAGACUUCAAGUGUGCCUCUGGGAGGAGGAAAAGAAGAAGAGGAAUGGUGGAACGGAGAAGGACGGGAUGAUUGAACAAUUGGGGUCUGAGACAGACCAUCUCAGAGCCCUUUUGAAAGAUGAAAGGAGGAGAAGAAGAGUAGAAAGGGGUAUUAUGAAAGAGUGGAAGGCUGAGAUCCUGAGACUGAGGGAGGCAGAGAGACAGAGAGAAGCAGAGAGAAGCAGCGAGACAGAGAGUAUCAGAGAGGCAGAGAGAGCCACAGAAUGGGAGAACCAGAGACAAAUGCUGGAGAUCAACAGACUCAAACAACUGCUGGAGCUGCUGAUGGUGGACCUUCAACUGGCCCACGUAAGACAUGUCAUUGUUAUUAUUAAAAGGCAGUGUAUAUUCACCCGGCUGAAAAUGAAUGGCGGCAGUAUGCUAACCCAAUGUUAACUUUGAUGCCUUUCCUAAACGUUAACCCUGACCUUAACCUCACUGAAACUAUACCUAACCUUUACCGUAACCCAACCCUAGGUCCUAAACCUAACCUUCAUUUAUCUCAACCCCUAUGCCUUUCUUCUGCCGGUUGAAUAUCCACUUCCUUAUUAACGUCAUUACUGUUGUUGACAACUGUAUCUGUGCAGGUUGUAAAUAAUUGCAUUAGUGAAACAUCAUUUGUAGUAGUAAUUUCUACAAGCAUAAACAUCAGAGGCAACAUUAAAUUGCAACGGGAAUUUUUCAAACCCCUAACUGAAUGGGCAAGCUAGUUGUGUGUUUGUAUUUGUACACAUUUUGGACAUAAUUGAUUCCAUAAAAUGUCUCAUAAUUUUUUCAAACCAUGUCAAUACAUUAAUUGACAAUGAAUUGUCCAGAUGAAUUAAUCAAAAUGACCCUGCUAUUGAUGUUGUUCAGUGUUUGAUUCAAUUACCUAGGUCUAAGUUGUAUUUCUAUGUAUCAUUCUCUGCAAAUGCUUUGAAAGUAUGUCUUGGUCAUAGAUUAUCACUAAUUUAACCUUUUAAAUUUAAGCAAGAGAUAGAGAGAUUGAGGCUAUGGCAGAAAGUCAUGGAGGAUCAGCGACCAAGACUGGCCUGGAACAACAAACCUAUUGAGACAGAAAGAGAGAGGGAAAGAGAGAGGGAAAAAGAGAAAGAAAGGGAGAUGGAAAGGGAGAGAAAAGCAGAAUUGGAAAGACAAGAAAUGAAGAAGAAAGUGAAACAGGCAGAAGAAACGAUAAAAGUGUUAGAACGAGAGAUUGAGAGAUUGAAAGAGACU